UGUGUGUUGAGUUGAAUACGCAUUUUUUUGAAGGUUUCUAUGUUAAAAAAAAAUCACACUCCACUGCACGAAAUUGUAAAUUGAGCAGUAAGAUAGAACUUCGGUUGACGAGAGAUUUUUAUCCUUCGGCUCUCUAAAUUAUGUUAUCUACAUAACUAUGCCGGCAUGUUUGGAACUGUAUAUGGGGGAGCGUAACGGUUGUUAUGGAGGCUUCACCAUGAUCACACUGAUGCUCCUGACAUUACUGGUGGGUUCUCACGCCCAGCUAUCAGGGUUUGUUGGCUCUCUCGGCAAAAGCAUUCAAGAUGCUAACCGUGGAGUGGUUAAUACGAUUACUUCUGGAGCCAAUAAUGGCGCGACAGCCGUGGUGGAUAUUACAAAAAGUGCGAAAGAUGGGAACAUUGUCACUGUGGUGGCGAGUGGCGUGAAGAAGGAGGCAGGAGCCGUCGCGCAACCGGUAGAGUCAGUCGUGCUACUCACUGCAACCAGUCAAUGCGAGCUGGUGAAGAAAGCUUUGGGCGUGGAUUACGCGUCAGCUAGGUUUCUGAAAGACGAUGACUUGAACCAACUCAAACUGGAGUUCAUCACACCCGCGUUGCGGGUGACGUUCAACAUCACACAAGCAGCGGAGCUGAUCCCGGCGUGGCGCGGAUUCGACCCCGAACUACCGCUCAUCAUCAUCGCGCACGGGUUCAUGUCCGACCCUGACUCAGGGGGAUUGGGGGAUGUGCUCGAUGCUUUUCAUAAGAAAGGCCAGUACAACGUGCUCGCGCUGGACUCGAGCGCGUACAUCCGCUGGUUCUACCUGCGCGCCACCACCUAUGUGCGCUACAUCGGGGAGAAACUAGGCGAGAUUCUCGCUGCCAUGGUCCAACGUGGCCUCAACCCGAAUAAGAUCCAUCUAAUCGGGCACAGCCUGGGCGCGCACAUCAGCGGUUUCACCGGUAAGGAGUUCACCCGGCUCACCGGUCACCAGGUCGGUCGGAUAUCCGGACUAGACCCCGCCGGACCGUGCUUCUUCAACGCUGGGCAGGACUUGAAACUUAACGCAACCGAUGCUACCUUCGUUGAUGUUAUUCACACCACGCACGGAUCUUUGGGGAUCACAGAGCCUGCUGGUCAUUCCGACUUCUACCCGAACGGCGGCACCCAGCAGCCUGACUGCGUGCUGCAGACCUGCAGCCAUGGACGCGCGUGGUAUCUGUACAAGGAGUCCAUCCUUAACCCCACGGCAUUCGUCGCGGUCCCUUGCGACGGGUGGAGCGAAUUCAGAGCACAUAAUUGCAAACAGGAGCAAGUGUUGAUGGGUUACAGUACUCCUCAAGUGCAAGGCUUGUUUUUCCUGCAGACCGACUCGGCUUCCCCCUACGGUCUAGGGGAGGCGGGGGCGACCUACGCUAAUACUGAGGGCGUGCUCAAGAGUAUCCAGCCCUUAGGCCCUGGCGCUUUCUUGGGAUAGAACUUCUUACCGCUUUUUAUGAAUGAUCCCAGUCACUAUCAGUCCAUUUUUAAAGAAUCGACAAAGAUUUUGUUGACAUGUUUGUUUCUUUGAUUGGUUUAUUUUCGGAUCGAAGAUUAAAAUUGGUUCUUUUAUAGAAAACAGACGUGAA